UCUAUAUAAUUGUUAUCGAAACAGCUGAGCUGGUGAGACUGCAAACGCAAACAAUAAAUUGCAAAUAAAAUUAAGCUAAUUCACACAUAUUGCAAAUAAUGGAAAUUGCGGAUACCUAUUACAGCAAAGAUGAAUACGUUGAAACGGCAUCCGGCAAUAAGGUGAGCCGCCACACGGUGCUCUGCGGCUCCCAGAAUAUUGUGCUCAAUGGCAAGGUGAUUGUACAGAGCGGGGCCAUAAUACGCGGCGAUUUGGCCAAUGUGCGUACCGGACGGUAUUGUGUGAUUAGCAAAAACUCUGUGAUACGACCGCCCUAUAAACAGUUUAGCAAAGGCAUCGCCUUCUUUCCCAUGCACAUUGGCGAUCAUGUCUUUAUAGGCGAGGGCGCUGUGGUCUCUGCGGCCAUAAUUGGUUCCUUUGUGUACAUUGGCAAGAAUGCCAUCAUCGGUCGCCGCUGCACGCUCAAGGAUUGCUGUGUUAUUGAGGAUGGCGCCGUGCUGCCGCCAGAAACAACAGUGUCCAGCUAUAUGCGCUACACGGCCAAGGGCACCAUUGAGGGCGGUCAGGGUAAUCCAUAUUUUGUGCCCGCCGCCAUGCACGAUGAGAUGGUCAACUAUACGAAGUCAUUCUAUGAGCAUUUUGUGCGCACACCGGCACCGGCCAGUUAAGCACAAUGAAACACAUAAUUUUGCACUCAUAA